AUGCUUCGUCAAGUGAAACCCCGCAACGCUCGGUCGAAGCGUGCCCUGGAGAAGCGCGAACCCAAGGUGGUCGAGAACCCCAAGACAUGCCUGUUCCUCCGGGGUACGACGUGCUCCCAGGUGGUGCAGGACGCCAUGACGGACCUGCACUCGAUGCGUCAGCCGCUGGCCAAGAAGUUCACCAAGAAGAACCCGAUCCACCCGUUCGACGACGCCACGUCGCUCGAGUUCUUCAGCGAGAAGAACGACGCGAGCCUGAUGGUCUUUGGCAGCAGCAGCAAGAAGCGCCCGCACACGCUGACGUUUGUCCGCACCUUUGGCUUCAAGGUCCUCGACAUGCUGGAGCUGUACCUCGACGCCGGCACGUUCCGCUCCCUCGCGCAGUUCCCGACCAGGAAGUUCGCCGUCGGCCUGCGGCCCAUGGUGCUCUUCGCCGGCACCGCCUUCGAGAGCCCGGUCGACAACGAGUACAGCCUCGCCAAGAACAUCCUGCUCGACUUCUUCCGCGGCGAGCCCUCGGACCGCAUCGACGUCGAGGGACUGCAGUACAUGGUGUCCAUCACCGCUGAGGAGGAGGAGGGGUACCUCUCCGCCCCCGCCCCCGCCGGGACCGGGGACCUGGCCGUCGCCUCCUCCGGGAAGCCCAAGAUCCACCUGAGGACCUACCUCAUCCGCACCAGGCGCAGCGGCCAGCGCCUACCGCGCAUCGAGGUCGAGGAGAUGGGCCCCCGCAUGGACUUCAGGGUCGGCCGCCUCCGCCUACCCGACGAGGCCACCCUCAAGGACGCCAUGCGCAAGCCCCGCGGCACCGAGGAGAGGACCAAGAAGAACAUCACGACCGACUCCAUGGGUGACAAGAUCGGCCGCGUCCACCUGGGCAAGCAGGACCUCGGCGACCUGCAGACCAGGAAGAUGAAGGGUCUCAAGAGGUCCAGGGAAGACAAGGAUGAUGGUGCUGCUGCUGAACCUACCGCCGUCGACGAGGCUCAGGAGGAUGCCAAGAGGAUACGUCAAUAA